AUGGCGAGCUCUAAAGAUCUUGCCAAAGAUCUGAAUAUAUCGGAAGUACCAGCGGCAGAUCUCGAAUCCGAGAACACUAAUCAAGAUCCGGGAGAGUGGCUGUACAAAUCCGACAGAGCAGAACUCACAGAGCUCACACCAGUCGAAGCCUUCAAAUGGAGUGUGGAGGGGGACCAGUCACCUUUUCCGGAGGUUGCGGCUUGUGUGUCCAACAAAGAUGAUCCCACCAUCGCCUGCAAUACUGUUCGGGCCUGGAUAUUGAUGACCGUUUUUGUCAUCCUUUUCUCCGGAGUGAAUCAAUUCUUCGGCCUACGAUAUCCUUCCCUCACAAUAGGAUAUGUUGUCGCUCAAAUCCUCGUUUUCCCGAUUGGAAGAGCAUGGGAAAAGCUUCCGAGGUGGAGGGUACCUCUAGGAAAACUUUCGUUCGAUGUCAACCCAGGAAAAUUUACAAUCAAGGAGCACGCGUUCAUUGUUAUUUGUGUCAAUAUCAGUGCUACCACUGCUUACGCGCAAGGUGCCUUGGUAGCGAUCGUCAGUCCCGUAUAUUGGAACCGGGACCUCGGAGCUGGCUUCUCAUUCCUGUACCUUUUGACGACACAGAUGAUUGGGUUUGGUCUGACAGGUCUUACCCGCCGUUGGAUUGUGUACCCUGCUGCCUUGGUUUGGCCUACUUCACUGUCAUCCACUGUUCUUUUCCGAGCACUACAUGAGCCAGAAAGCCGUACGUCAGCCAAUGGUUGGACUAUUACUCGUUAUCGCUUCUUUGCCUACAUUACGGCAUUUGCAUUUGUCCUAUUCUGGUUCCCCGACUACAUCUGGACGAGUUUGAGCGCUUUCGCCUUUGUGACGUGGAUUGCGCCUGAUAAUCAGAAGGUCAACACGAUAUUCGGAAUGAAUUCCGGAUUAGGUUUGAUACCUAUCAGUAUCGACUGGACACAAAUAAACUACGCUGGUUACCCCCUGAUGACCCCCUUCUACAUCACAUGCAAUGCUUUUGCGGUUGUUGUGUUCUUUUACCUUUUCUUAUCGCCGAUUCUGUACUACUCUAAUGUGUGGUACAGCGCAUACCUCCCUCUCCUCUCGUCCAGCACUUUCGAUAACACGGGACAAUCCUACAAUGUAUCUCGUGUGCUCAACUCAGCCUUGGACUUCAGCGAGAGCAAGUAUAAGGAGUACUCUCCCAUGUACAUCUCAAUGUCCUAUUCUCUGACCUAUGGACUGUCUUUCGCUGCGGUUACUGCAAUCGUUGUGCAUACAUACCUUUACAAUGGUACCGAGAUUUGGGAAAGGUUUAAGAAUGCACGACAUGGAGGUGAAGAUAUUCAUCGCCGAUUGAUGCGCCAAUAUAAAGAGGUUCCAGAAUGGUGGUACGGAGUUCUCACGGUGGUGGUGUUGGGACUUGGUAUCUUGACAACCAAAUACUGGGAUACGGAGCUGCCGGUCUGGGGCUUUAUUGUGGUUUGUUUCGGAUUGGCAAUGCUUCUGAUCGUUCCCGAGGGUAUUCUGCAAGGAACAACCAACCAGCGCGUGUUCCUCAAUAUCAUAACGGAGAUGAUUGCCGGAUACGCUUGGCCCGGGAAGCCUAUCGCUAAUCUGAUGGUGAAAUGCUACGGCUAUAAUGCAGUGAAACACGGCAUGGAUUUUGCUCAGGAUUUGAAGCUCGGGCAAUACAUGAAAAUUCCUCCGCGUGUUCUGUUCUUUGGCCAGAUCUACGCUAGUAUUCUAGCGACAGCAACUCAGACUGGAGUCUUACGAUGGAUGUUUGGACAUAUUACUGACCUUUGCGAACCAACAAACAAACAACGCUUCACAUGCAACGGUGCUAAAGUGAUGUACAAUGCUUCCUUAAUAUGGGGCACUAUUGGUCCGCAGCGAAUGUUCCAGUCUGGACAAGUGUACAAUGGCCUUGUAUACUUCUUCCUUAUCGGGCCCGUUGUUACUACACUUGUGUACCUUAUUUACCGCCGCUAUCCCAACAGCUGGGUUCGCUACAUCAAUGUCCCGAUUUUCUUUAAUGCGGCGGGUAAUAUUCCUCCAGCAAACACUACUCAAUAUUCCCUCUGGUUCAUCUUCGGUUUCAUUUUCAACUAUAUCAUCCGCAAGCGUGCAUUUGACUGGUGGAAGCGUUACAACUAUUUGCUGCAAGCAGCCAUGGAUACCGGAACUGCUAUUGCGACCAUCAUCAUUUUCUUCGCGUUGGGCUACCACGCUGUCAGUUUCAACUGGUGGGGUAAUACAGUGGGAUCCAAUACGGCCGAUUCUAAGUCCGUUCCCUGGUUGACAGUCCCCAAAGGCAGCUUUUUCGGAAAGGGCCCUGGCGAGUUUUGA